AUGCCUAAUGCUAUCUGCAAAUUUCAAAUGGAUCCAGACUUGCAGGAGGCCUUCAAUGAUGUUCAGAGCUCCGUAUACAGAACAGCCCUAAAACUACGCUCAGUACAAAGUCUUUGCCAGUUGGAUUUGAUUGACGUUUCUCUGAUUCAGCACAUCCUAUCAAGUGAACAAAGCCAGAGGGAGGAGCAGAUUUCUCUGAACAUGCAGCAAAUCUUUAGAAUGCUGAUGAAACUGUUCCAAAGGGCAAGAUUAGAAAAACCAGGCCAGGUAGAUCCAAGAGCUGCUGAAUUCACAUUGAGCCUGCUGGUUGCCAUGUAUGACAGAUCUGGAACAGGGUAUGUCAAAACUAGAUCUGCUGCAGCUGCCUUAAUUUCCCUUUCAGGAGACACUCUGCUGGCUAAAUACAGAGCUUUCUUCAAGUUUUAUGCUGUCCCUGAUGGGAAGGAGACCUUGAUUACCCGUAGUGCCCUAAGAAGCCUGCUAACAGACUUAAAUCAGAUCCCAGCCAUUGUGGGAGAAGGCUGCACUCUGUCUUGUGUGGAAAUUGCAAUUCAUGACUGUUUCCAUGGGGUUCUGAAUGCAGCCAUUGUAGAAGAAAAAUUCCUGUCUUGGCUGAGAUCAGAGCCUGCUGUUCUCCUGUGGCUCCCUACAUGUUACAGAUUAUCAGCUACAGAAAUGAUUUCUCACCAAGCUAGAUGCAGAGUCUGCAAAGUUUUCCCCAUUACAGGCAUCAGGUAUCGCUGUUUAAAGUGUCUCAAUUUUGACCUUUGCCAAGCCUGCUUUUUCACUGGCCGUCUCUGCAAACCACAUAAGAAAUCACAUCCUGUUGUGGAACACUGUGUGCAGAUGUCAGCAAAGGUGAAUGCAAAGCACUUUCUCCGCACCUUCAGGAACAACCUGUUUCAAGAGCGCUGCAGAAGAAAAGAGGCUCAGAGAAGGACAGCUCUGGAGUCAGUGGAGGAGAGGCACUUCCUUGGUCACAAAAAGACUUUUCCUCCUGUGGAAUUGAGUGCUUCAUCACUACCUGGUCCUGAAAAUAUGUCUUUCCCAGUGGACAAUUGUAUCCCAGAAUCACCCAGGCUCAUACCUGAAAACAGGACUGUAAUGGAGAAGAAUGAGAAUAACAAGAAGACACCAGAGCAAGGCAAGACAAUAGCUCAGGCAAUAGCCUCUUUUGAAGCAGAUGUGUUAAAAAUGCACGAAUCCAUUAAAAGCAUUCACAGUGACAGCAGGUACUUGAAGAAACAGUUCAACAAAUGGAAAGACAAAAUGCAAUUUCUUCAUAACUGCCAGGAAGAAAAAAGCUGCAAAAUAGAGUCAAAACUCCAAAGACUGAGAGUAAGCCAUGAAAACCUGCAAAUGACGCUGCAGCACAUGAAGGAAGAAGUCAAGACCAUGUUGCAGUCAUCAGAGCAUCCUUUCGCACAGUGUCAUAAUACCAUGCCAAGAAAUCCACAUGUUCUGCUGGAGAGGAGAAUGCAGAGUGAAUUAAAUCCUUCCCCAAUAAGGCCUACUUCCAGAACAUGUGCAGAAUGGAAAUCUUUGAAUCCCCCAAACUCUGUAAAUGGAAUGCUUUUACAGACCCCUGAAACUUCCACUGAGGUGGACUUUAUGUACUUACAUAACCCACUGGAGUCAGGGUCUCUGCAGAGUGACAAACACUUUAUGGGAAAGCAUAAAAAAGCAAAAGAGAAACAAACAUAUCCACCUAAACUGACAGAAAACUCUCUCGGUGGAAUGGGGAAUACAGUUUUUAUUCCCAUUGCAAUGCAGAUACCACCUGAUGAGAAGAAAGUCAGAGAAGAAUUGGAACUGCUUAUGAUGAAACUGAAGGAUACACUGUGUCUCCAAACCCAACCAGCCCAACAAACUGCAUUGCGCCAGGAGUUCUUCUCUACAGCUGAGCAUGUUUGCAGGUCCUUUUCUGACCUCAUCAACCAAGUAAUUUCACCAGCUUGCAAAUGAUGGAAACUACCAUUCACCUUACUUUGUUAAACUACUUAAGUUUUGGUCAAAGGAGACCUGAAUUACACGUACUGCAAACACUCAAGAAUUUACAGCAAGAAAUAAUGGCAUGCUAUUGGAAG